CAUGCUUUCAUUCUGAUCACUUUGUUAUAUCAAAUACAAAAAACACCUUCUGCUUUCUCUUUUCCAAAAGAAAGCCGUUAUACAUAUAUGAGAUCAGGAGUCUAAUUUUAUCUUGGCAAAGAGAAAGAGAAUUUGAGGACCUGUAGUUUUCCAUUUAGGGUGGUAUCAACAAGCUGGUCCAUUCAGAGGAGAGCAAGCCUGUUGAAAUUGCUUUCACUUUCGUAGCUUUUUCCUUUCCAGGGAGCAGUAGCAGCCAUGGCUGAUAAGAAACCAUCCAAAGAGGAUCCAGUCAACAUGGUGAAGUUGCUGACCAGGAACGUUCUAGAUGGCAUUUUUGAUGACUUGAUGGAAAAUAAUGUGUUAAAUACGGAAGAGUUACACAAUCUAGGAAAAGGUUUGAACUUCAUGGUGAACAACGCUGGAAACCUAGUUGAUAACAUCACUGAGAAAGCGCAAAUGGUAGGCAAAAUACUUAAGGACCGCCUAUUGAGUCACCCAAAACAGCUGAGUUUAGAAUAUCAACAUGAGAGUGAGGACCAGGAAUCUGAAGAAAGCUCUGCAUCAUCUUCCUCUUCCACAGAAUCAGAAGAAGAAAAUGAAGAAAGCAAAGAUGAAGAAAGAGCUGCAUCAGCUCAUUCAAUGGCUGUUCCUCCAACAGCUCCUCUGGAAAUCCAGGGUGCCCAACCCAGUGGCAGGUUAAAGCUUUGCCCUCAUGCUCAUUUCCGUGAACUGAAGACGAAAAGGGCGGAUGAGAUAUAUCCAGUGAUGGAGAAAGAGGGCCGAACACGCCUGGCCCUCAUCAUCUGCAACAAAGAAUUCCACUAUCUUCUUAAUCGAAAUGGUUCUGAACUUGACCUUUUGGGGAUGCAAGAUCUACUUGAAAACCUUGGAUACUCAGUGGUUAUAGAAGAGAAUCUCACAGCUCAGGAAAUGGAAACAGCCCUAAGGCAGUUUGCUGCUCGCCCAGAGCACCAGUCCUCGGACAGCACAUUCCUGGUGUUCAUGUCACAUGGCAUCCUGAAUGGAAUCUGUGGAACUAAGCACUGGGAUCAAGAGCCAGAUGUUCUUCACGAUGACACCAUCUUCGAAAUUUUCAACAACCGUAACUGCCGGAGUCUGAGAGACAAACCCAAGGUCAUCAUCAUGCAAGCCUGCCGAGGCAGUGGUGCUGGGAUUGUUUGGUUCACUACUGACAGCGGAAAAGCCAGUGCAGAUACACAUGGUCAGCUCUUGCAAAGUAGCAUCUGUAAUGAUGCUGUCACAAAGGCUCAUGUGGAAAAGGACUUCAUUGCUUUCAAAUCUUCCACACCACAUAAUGUUUCUUGGAGGCAUGAAAUAAGUGGCUCUGUCUUCAUUUCCCAAAUUAUCUACUACUUCAAAGAGUAUUCUUGGAGUCAUCAUCUAGAAGAAAUUUUUCGAAAGGUUCAACGUUCAUUUGAGACACCAAAUGUAGUGACCCAGUUGCCCACCAUUGAAAGACUAUCCAUGACACGAUAUUUCUAUCUCUUUCCUGGGAAUUAAAACUCAUAAAAAGCAACUCAGGAACUACUCAGCGAGUGGGGAAUAUUGGAUAAUGAUGUACGCGGAAAGAAAAGUCAUUGGAAAUGUGAUGUAUAUCCAGUGUUUGUCUCUCUUCACCCAAAAGUCGCUUUUACUGAGCCAUGCUCUCCUCUGUUUGUGAUGAGGUUUUCCUGUACCAUAUGUUAGACUAGCUGCUAAAUCUAUGCUGAGGCAAUGAGGCCCUAGUACAGAUCUUCCCAUUUGGGGAUGACAGGUUCGUAGCCCUUUUGUGAAGGUAUUUCUCACAGUAGAGAUUAGUUAUAUUUACAUCUUACCUCUAAUAGCCAAAUUACUCAUGUUCUUUUCUU